AUGAAACAUAUUGACCAUUCCAAAAAUCAAGUAGAUCUCUACUCUGUAAGAUAUUACCAUAAAAUAGCUUGGUAUAAUUUUAUAUUAACUGGUUUUUGGUAAACUUCCAUUUUAAUCUCAAGAUUUUAUAAUUUUUAUCGAAGGUUCAUAAAAAUAACCGCUUAAACUUUAAGGAAAUUCAGAAUAUAAUCAAUAUAUUGAAAAAAUGAUUUGUAUUACCCUGAUUAAAGAAUGA